AGCCGCCAGAGCAUUUGGAGAAUACCUGUCCAACACCCAUCCAGAGAACCACAACGGAGCAGAUCAUCUGUUGUCGGACACCUUCCCCAGCCAGGACUGCGAGUCUCCAGCUGUCAGCCGCCUACAUAACAACAAUCUGACACCUCAGAGCCACUGCCUACCCAAAGCCAAACCCAACCAGGGCAGACAAUCCAGUCCUAGCGCUCACCAUCAGCCUCAGGUCAACACCCUCCAAGCUCAAGCUCCUUCGAGCCCCUCCAAACGCCGGCUCUCUACUGAACGCAGUCUCUCCACCGAGGAACCACCAGGUGCCAAAGGCCCGCAGAAGAGUGUGGUGGUGAAGCCAGCCAGGGUGUACACAAUCACCAGGGAAGGAGGGAUGACCCUGGGGGGCCGUGGCAGUGAGGAGAGCCUGGAGCUGGAGGUGCUGAAGGCCCCUGCCUCUGAAAAACACAACCCAUCCUGCACCAGCCAGCCCCCCCCCUCCACCGCCCGCGGUAGCCAUCACAGUAGUAGCUAUCACCGCAGCAACCACCACCAUGCUAGCCAGCAGCAUGGAGGCUCGGCGUCAAUAUCACAGCCGCUGCAGAGCUCGGGGAGCACCAAUAACAUCCGGGACUGGGGGAUGAGGAGAGGCGGGUCGCGGGACGACACCGCAGACUGCGUUGCCUGUAUUCGGGCUCCGUGUCAGAGCCAGCGCUCCCUUGACCUGGAUACCUCACAGAGGGAUGGAGGGAAGUCCCGCACGAAACUGGAGAGGAUGUACAGCGAGGACAAAGCCUCCACAGAGGACCGGG